AUGUCUUUCGCAGAAGAAGCCAAAUCAGACGUCCCCUUGCUCCCAGAGGUCCACUCGGGAAUCCCCGAGUUCCUCUUGGAGAAGGCAAAGGGUGCCAAGAACUGGGUCUUUGAGGGGCGGACAAAACCCCAGAAGGAAAGACAGAGAUUGCCUGUCCUACCCCAAGGAAUCGAGCGGGAGGCAUUUUUCGCUGCCCUGGACGAGCUGAGCGGGCAGAUAGGGGCGGAGAAUGUUGAAGUCAACGAUAAGCCGCUCAAAGAUGGAUGGUACAUGGAACACCCCAACACUCAUGACAUGAUGACCAUCCUUGACGAAGAGGAGCUGGUUGCCUCAGCCGUUGUUUACCCAAGCAGCACUGGGGAGGUGCAGGCGAUCGUGCGUUGGGCAAACAAGCACCUCAUCCCCAUCUAUCCCAUCUCAAUCGGCCGCAAUUUGGGCUACGGCGGAGCAGCCCCCAGGGUCCGCGGCUCGGUUGUGCUGGACCUUGGGAAGCGGAUGAAACAGAUCAUUAACAUCGAUCCCGAUGACCACACCUGCCUUGUAGAACCAGGCGUGUCCUUCUACGCAUUGUACGAAGCCAUCAAGGAGAAGGGCUACGACCAUCUCUGGACUGAUCCGCCAGAUCUCGGUGGCGGUUCCAUCAUAGGCAACACCCUCGAUAGAGGUGUCGGCUAUACCCCGUAUGGUGACCACUGGGCCUGUCAUUCGGGCCUUGAGGUUGUCUUGCCCACUGGAGAGGUCUUCCGCACAGGCAUGGGAGCGCUUCCUGGGAGCAACACUUGGCAAACAUUCCCAUACGGGUUUGGCCCCUAUUCCGACGGCAUAUUCUCGCAGUCGAACUAUGGCAUCGUGACAAAAAUGGGCAUGACUCUGAUGGCAAAUCCGGGCGGCCACGAGAGCUUCAUGUACACGUUCCAGAAGGAGGAAGACCUCGCACAGCUGAUUGAGAUAAUCCGACCCCUCCGUAUCUCCAACAUCCUCGAGAACGUCGCCCAGCUCCGGCACGUAAUCCAGACGAUUGCGGUGCGCGGCCAGCCGCGGACGACGUACUACCAGGGCAGCGGCACGAUCCCGGACGACGUGGUGCACGCGACGGCAGCGACGCUGCCGACGGGCGACUGCACGUGGAUCUAUUACGGCAUGGCGUACGGGCCGGCGCACAUCCGGCAGCACAAGCUCGGCAUCAUCGACGCCGAGUUCAAGCGCGUCCGGGGGGCUCGCCGCGUCGACCCGGCCACGCUCCCCGCGGACGAGUACUUCUGGUCGCGCGACCGCAUCGCGUCGGGCGUGCCCGACCUGCACGAGCUGCGCUGGGUCAACUGGGUGCCCAACGGCGCGCACGUGGCCUUCUCGCCCGUCAGCCCCAUCCGCGGCGCCGACGCCGAGCGCCUGCUCGCGCUGGCCAGGCGCCGCCACGACGACGCCGGCUUCGACUUCUUCCCGGCCUUCUGCGUCGGCCUGCGCGAGAUGCACCUCAUCAUCGAGAUCGUCUUCGACCGCGACGACCCCGAGAGGCGCGCCGCCGCCAUGGCGUGCCUGCGCCACAUGAUUGACGAUGCUGCGGCGUGCGGGUAUGGCGAGUACAGGACGCACCUGGUGCUGAUGGACCAGGUUGCGGGGACGUAUAGCUGGAACGAUAAUGCGCUGAUGAAGUUCAACGAGAAGCUCAAGGACGCGCUGGACCCGAAUGGUAUCCUGUCGCCCGGCCGGUGCGGCAUCUGGCCGAAGAGAUACAGGGGUCGUGGGUGGGAGAUGACAAAAGAGAGUGGCAAUGCGUCCGAGGGUAAGGGGGUUGAGCCGGCUUAG